AUACAGUUGGAGUAAACGUAGUAGUAGACGGGCCGUCAAACAGUCGGUGGUCAUCAACUUCUUGCGGUUAUCAAGUGUAUUGUAAGAGCUGUCGCAGAGCAUAAAAAUUGGUACUCGGUGUGUCGGUUUGUCAUUUCAAAACGGAACGGUAUUAAAGAAGAAGAAAUCAACUACAACACAUAGGCAAUAACUUGACAAACUAUUCACGACCUAAAUAUUACUUUUCUUAUUUAUAAUUAUUACAACUUCGACUUAUUACUUUAUACUAGUUUUCUAGAGUAAUUAGAGAGCGAAGAAAAGUUAACGUGAGCGUAAUUUACUAACUACAGCAUAUACGACCGACUGCAGGAGAAUAUGCCACCUGUACGAUGGAGACUUCUAAUUAUUAUAGUUUCUAUGUUGACUUAUUUGGAAACCACCAAAUCGCAGGAGUUUAUCUCAAUGACUGCGGAUGGCUGGAAACCAAUUGUGGGAAAAGGUGGACCACGUCAUGCAAUAGUUCAAGAUGAAAUUACACAAUAUCGUAAUCCUAGUGAACUAGGUAAUAAACAGCAUGUGUACAAAGCACAACCGAAAAUACAGCCUCAAACUCACUCCUCUAAAGUUUCACCAAAACCCGACCAAAAUUUUGGGAAAAAAAGCAAAAAUUCAGUCAGCCACAUACAUAUUCAUGGAGCCGGAGCUGCAAAUAAUAUUCACGCACUGGGCAAAAACACCAUUAAAUUACGUAUCAGCCCUGGUCAUCCCAGCAGCUCUCACAGACCUCCUUCAUCCAACAAGCAUUCUACUGGCGGGCAGAAGAAGCUGUCCAAGCCCGCAAGGUCGCCUGUAGGAGCUUACAGUAUUAAAAACGAAGUUUAUUUACCGGCCCCACCCUCAGCUUUAGGAUCUUAUGUGUAUUUCAAUUCAGGACGCAACAAUCAAAAAGUCCGCGACAUUCCUGUAAAGCAUGUACACAAUCAAGGAGUAAAUAAUCCACACCAGUACACGAGUUUCUUCACUUUACCCGGGCUACCUUCGCCACGACCAACCCCUGCCCAAAACUUCAUAUUCCCGAACAAGCAACACGUUCAAAACGAUGUCAAUUAUUACGCCAAUCAUCAACAGAAUGACGAGUACUCGAAAAAUUUGGUUCCUCCUCCUCCAGAAACGCAAGUUGACGUUAAAGAACAAAAGCUGAUCGGUCACCAGUCUCCAAUUCAUCUACCCGAAAACUUGGUGGUCCAAGUCCCACCUCCUUUCAAUAUCCAAAAUUCCUAUGUGCAUAACAUUCCUGGACAGCAAGGUGUAGAAGUAACUAAAGAAAACUUUAACGUUUUUAGAAAUAACGUGCCCCAUAAUUAUCACGAAACAAACGUCAAUCAGUACCAACAACAGGUUAUUCCAGACCAGUACCAAAAAUACAAUCAGAAAACUAAAGACCAUUUCGCCAAUCCGCAUACCUACGAAGUAACAGAAGGAACGUAUUGGGAAAGUCAUCUUUCGACAGCAAGAAAUCCUCAUAAGGAUCCUGCCUUGACAUUCAAUCACUUUAGAAGGCCAUUAUUACCAGCGGAAGAUCCAACAAUAAAAACAUUUCUUCCAACUCCAUUAAAAUCAGAUCCCUUGCCUACCGUCGCGUCUCAAAGUGACGUUUCAGCCGUGUAUACAGAAUUAAAUUUGAAAAACAGACAAAAAGAAAGACCGAACGGCUCGUUCUUUAAUAUUAAGGAAGUAUCAACACACUAUCCAAUUUUAGGAAAUCCUGUUGCUCCAAACGAACCUGAAAAUUCCGAUCUGACAAACGAGAUAACCACCAAGGAAGAACUUCCGGAGAAAACAGUUUUGACACCUACUAAAACAGCUUAUGCCGACUGGCAAAAUUCAGGACAAGAACCUCAGGCUUCAAGACCACACCGGAGACGCAGGCCAACCCGUCCGAAAAUUUCUACUUCUCCGUCCACUUUCUCCACCACCCCAGAAGGGAUUACUGAAACAUACCAUGAAACAAGUACCCAUAAAAGGAGACGUGUUAUUAAACAUCGAUUAACUACAACAACAGAAUUACCUGCUGCAAAUCCUUCCAAUAAUAAUUUUGCCGAAAGUUCCGAGCAAAAAGAGAACUCAUUUAUCAAUAGCGAAAAUAACCAAAAGAAACCAGAAUUUGAAAAAGAAGAAACCCAACACUCAUCUGAGGUCACGUCAUCGACAAGUCCUUUAGGUAAUUAUAGUAGCGACGAUUACGCCAAUACCAAUCCAGAAACUUAUACCGAUGUAUACGAUAUCUCAAAAGAAAAAGUUCAACAGCCAAAACUCAAGAAACGAAAAAGAAUUCACCCAACAACUUCUCUACCUAAAGAAUUAGAAACGACAGAAGCACCAAUAGUUGAAACGGAGCACUCCUACAGUUAUGAAACCACAGCCGAAGAAACGCAGCAAACAGAAGACGAACUUUCUACCACUCUCGCCACAACAUCAACCACUACCGAAAGUACUACACUCAAAACGAGCAGAGUCAAAGCCAGGCCAUUAAAAAACAAGACAAGGCCAAGAUUUAGUGUUAAGGAUUACCGGCAAAGACUAAACCAAUACUCAACUUCUUCAUCGUCCACAACUUCUUCCACAACAGAAGCAUCGCGAAUUAGAGAUUCGUCAAACAGAUUAAGAUUUCCUCAUCGGGUACGAAAGCCUGUAGCUUCAAACAAUAAAGAUGAAAGUACCACGUCAGAACCAAGCAGAUUUACACCCAAAGAACCGCGCUUUACGACCACUGAAAUUGAUUCUUAUACAAUUGCAACGGAGAAACCGGUAAAAGCUGUAAAUACAAGAUUACGUCCUUUCGGAAGGUACCGCUCCACAAGCACAACAACCGAACCUAGCACAACACAACACACCCAAAAAGGAUCAGUUAAACCUAGCAUUUUUGCUAGCGGCCGUAGACCCGUUUACCCCAGUUUAAAAACGAGGAUAAUGGGUAAAUACAAUCGCACACAGAGCACCACCUCCGAGAAACCUUCGGAAUAUGACAGUGGAGAAAUGGAAGAAGAAGAUGUCAGUGACGAAGUGCAAGCUCCAGGAAUGAUAACGGCAAAAAUGGACACUUACGAAGCAUCUGAAGAAGUCAAAAAGGCAAACAAGCUCGACUUUAAAGGUGAUGAUGGUGGUGAAGAUUCGACUACACCGCAAUCAGCUUCUGAUAGUGAAUACUAUGAUUCAGAUGCUGAACAAGACGAAUCUACGAUUCAACAAAGAAUUUCAGAUCUAACAUCGUCAUCCGAUAAUAAAUAUAAUACCCCUGGUAUGUUUAAAUCAGUGUCAGCUACAAGUAGGAUAAUUCCAAGUCACUUUACCAUUUCGACAGAAGAUCCCGUUUUACCAAUUGAAACGUUCUUUUCGAAUUUCAAGGAAGCACCAAAAUGAAUUUAGGAUUAGUUAAAAAAAAUUAAUUUUGUAAAUAACAAUUACAUAUUCGAAUAACUGAAAACAUAUCAAAGUAUAAUUUGUCAAUGAACAAAGUAACACUUACAAAUUGUAGUUUUUAAAAACAGAACGACUCAUAGAAAUAACAUUUUUCAAAAUUUGAUUUUCGUAAAACACCAAUAAAAUAUGUACCUAUGGAAGAAAUACAGAUAUAAAUGGUAUUAGUGAAUGAUUGCUGGAUGAUGUGUGAAUUAGGACCUACUUAAUAAUUAAUGUAAUAUAAUAUAGAUUUAAUUUAUUUAUUUAAAUUUAUAUG